AUGGAAGGAGGGUUAGGGCAAAACUCAGUUCCUGUUCAUGGUUCCAUUGAUAAGUCUAGGAUCUUGGAUGUUAAACCUCUGAAGAGUUUGAUUCCUAUUUUCUCCAUGUCAUCUCAAGCUCCAGCUCCUGGCCAGUAUCCUUCUGGGUUUUCUCCAUUUUUCCCCUUUGGUGCACCUCAGCAAGCUCCAACUGAAGGGACAGCAAGGGGUGCUGCCAUACCUGCUCCAAUAAGGGCAUAUAGGAGCCCACCACGAGCAGGAGAUACUAGUUCAACAAUGGAAGGGUUGAAAGAUCAACAUACUUCUGGGAAGAAAAAACGUGGAUCACCGAAGUCAGGCAGCGCCAAAUCAUCUUUUGUUAAGACUAAGAAAAGUCAGGAGCCAAUUGUUGAUUUAGGUGCUUUAGUUGGUAUUAGCCCUGCUCAAAAGGAGGAUGGUAGCCGUGAAGUGGUUAAUUUUGUGCUCAUGGCGUUUGAUGGGCUACGAAGAAGGCUCUGCCAACUUGAAGAGGCCAAGGAAUUGAGCUUGGGUCCGAUCAAGCGUCCAGAUUUGAAAGCUUGCAAUACUUUGAUGAGCAAAGGAAUCCGGACAAACAUGAGGAAGAGAAUAGGAACAGUUCCUGGGGUUGAGAUUGGGGACAUUUUCUUUUACCGAACGGAAAUGUGUGUUGUGGGUAUGCAUGCUCCCUCCAUGGGUGGAAUUGAUGCCUUGCAUAUUAGGGAUGAGUUUGAGGAGGAAACUCUGGCUGUCAGCAUUGUUUCAUCAGGAGAAUAUGAUGAUGAUGCCGAGGAUAUCGAUGUUAUAACUUAUACUGGUCAGGGAGGGAACUUCUUAAAGAAAGACAAGCACGCCAUUGACCAAAAACUUCAAAGGGGUAAUCUUGCUUUGGAUAGGAGUUCCCAGCAACACAAUGCAAUAAGAGUCAUCCGAGGCAUUAGGGAUGUUGUGAAUCCAAAUGCAAAAAUCUAUGUCUACGAUGGUCUGUAUAAAAUCCAGGAUUCAUGGAUAGCAAAAGCAAAAGGUGGUGGGGAUGUAUUUAAGUAUAAGUUGGUAAGAAUGGCUGGACAGCCUAGUGCCUUUUCUGUUUGGAAAUCAGUUCAGAAAUGGAAAUCUGGCUCUUCAAGGACUGGACUUAUUCUUGCAGACAUUUCCAAUGGAGCUGAGAGUAUUCCUGUAUCACUUGUCAAUGAGGUUAAUAAUGUUAAGGCGCCUACUUAUUUCAAUUAUUUCCAUUCUCUUAGGCAUCCUAAAUCAUUCAGUUUGAUGCAGCCUUCACAUGGGUGCACCUGUACUAAAGCAUGUGUCCCAGGUGAUUUGAACUGCUCUUGCAUUAGGAGAAAUGAAGGUGACUUCCCAUAUACUGGUAAUGCCAUUCUGGUGAGCCGGAUGCAAUUGGUUCAUGAAUGUGGCCCCACAUGCCACUGUUUUCCUAACUGCAAAAACCGAGUAUCCCAAACCGGUUUAAAGCAUCAAAUGGAAGUGUUCAAAACAAAGGAUAGAGGGUGGGGUCUUCGGUCGCUGGAUCCUAUUCGUGCUGGUACUUUCAUCUGUGAAUAUGCAGGAGAAGUUGUUGACAGAGCCAAGGUAAGUCAGCUUUUGAGGGAAGGAAAUGAGUAUGUUUUCGACACAACCCGGAUUUAUUGUCAAUUCAAGUGGAAUUAUGAGCCUAGGCUUUUGGAAGAAGUUGAUCCUAAUGACUCUAGUGAGGAUUAUGCCAUGCCAUAUCCUUUAAUCAUAAAUGGCAAGAAUUUGGGAAACGUGGCUAGAUUCAUGAAUCAUAGUUGCUCCCCAAAUGUUUUCUGGCAGCCUGUUGUAUAUGAAGAAAACAAUCAAUCGUACCUCCAUGUUGCUUUUUUUGCACUCAGACACAUUCCACCCAUGACAGAGUUAACAUAUGAUUACGGAGUUGCCCGAUCUGACCGUGGUGAGGGUAGCAGUGCAGCCAAAGGUAGAAAGAAAUGCUUAUGCGGAUCAUCAAAAUGCUGUGGUUCUUUUGGUUAA